UGGAGGGAGGGGGAGAGCUUUUCACAGCUUCAGCGUGUCCACAUCACUUCUGGCUGGAGAUCAAAGAGCAGGUCAGGGCACACAGUCCCCUACUCUUGUGUGACCACCCCUUUGCCUCAGUAGCCGUCUCUACAUUGGCUCUCCACGGCUACACUGGGAGGGGGCAGGGUGUAAUGGCCCCUUCCACUUUAGGAGGCUGUCUUCAUGAAAGAAAUUCAGCAGAUAAGGCAGAAAGGUAUGUUUGGGUUAACAACACGUCGGUACACUCCCAGAAUGUUGCAAAGGCGAAGUAUGAAUUCUUAUUUGGUGCGCCCAUACCAACAACAGAUGACAAAGCACCAGAUGACCCUGGAAAUUCAAGAUUGCUUCCACAGGCUGCUAGUGUCAACAAUGAAUUCCCAGAAUAUGGAACAACUGAGCACAGGGAGAAUGACACAUUUCGAGCUGACUAUGAACAUUUAGAUGAACAAACACAAUGCCCAGAAGAUCUAAGAAGACAGGAGGAGCCCUGCCCAGAUACACAGAAUGACAGUUUCAUGGACAAUUCUGAACAAUGUUUACAUGAUAAAUUAAAGAGCAGGUCUCAAAAGUUAGAGGGGGGUGAUGGUGGAGACCAGGAUAUUUCUCCAGAUCCUCAGAAGACUAACAGACACUCUCAACCAGAAUGUAAUUUGAUUACAGACAGUGAGAAUUUGGAGAACAGACAUGAUAAUCCUAAUGUCCAGAGUCCUCAGCCAUUAGAGCAAUUAGAUGGCCUUAUGGUUCCAAGUCAGGAAGAGUUAUCCAGUUCUCUUACAGUGGUUCCUCCAGAAAAGAAAUCAUAUUUGUAUGCUGAAAGAGAGCUAGCAGCCAUUUCAGAGGAAGAGACUCUCUCCGAAUCUUCUCUUUCACAAAUCACAGAGAUUGCAGAUUUUCCCAGAUCACAAAUUAAUUCUUCAACUGUCAUGGACCACAGUGAUGGUCCAAUGGAAAGAACUGUCUCAACAGGAGUUGGUGUGGAAGGGAAUGGUGGUGCUACUCACUCACAAUCUCCUGUUUUAUCGGUAUGUUUGGAAAGUGCUGCUAUUAAUGGUAUUGAUAUUUCAACGGUACAAAUAGAAAAGGAUGGAAGAUGGGAGGACCAUUCCCCUUCUACAAUUCAUGAAAAACAAAGCGAUACUGCGUCCCUUAUAGCUCCAGGAACGAGCAGUUACAUUCCAACGCCUGAGAGGACUAGAAGUUCUGUAGGGGCAACAUUUUCAUCUGUAAUUCAGAGGCCUAGGAGUGCUUCUGACUCAUGUACUCAUGAAGGUGUAGACAAUGAGGUCUUCAUAAAAGAUGGAGAUGAGAUUUCAGGACAUGUUCAAAUACCCCGAAGUCCUAGGAUUGUGGUCGAUGACCAGUAUGAAAGCACCUUUAGAUCAAAGAGAUGCUCUGAGGACUCAACAGAUUUGUACAGCUCCCAGUUUGAGAACAUACUGGACAAUACAUCUUUGUAUUACAGCGUGGAGUCACUGGACACCUUAUACUAUGAGCCAGAUAGUUUUUUCAGUUUUGAGAUGCCACUGACACCAAUGAUUCAGCAGAGAAUCAAGGAAAGCAACCAGUUUUUGGAGAGGAACGUGUCUACCGACGUGGAACAGGAGUUUCUUAAAGUUGACUCUGGCAGUGGAAUUACUAUGGGAUACAGCAAUGAUGUCACCAACGGGUUGGAUGACACUACAGACAUGGAAUUAAGUAAAACAAGUGAGGAGUUGGAUAUCUCAGGAAGUGAUGCCGGACCCAGCAGAAGCCCUCUAGAGGCCUCACAUGACAUGGGCAGCACUGAAAUCCUUGAAAAAGGAAGCACUGAAAACCUCAGCAAUGGGACCAAUAGUAACGUACAAGCUGCUAAACGUUUGGCCAAACGCCUCUACCAACUGGAUGGAUUUAAACGCUCUGAUGUUGCAAAGCAUUUAGGGAAAAAUAAUGACUUCAGCCAGCUUGUGGCAGAAGAAUAUCUCAAAUUUUUUGAUUUCACGGGGUUCACCCUAGAUCAGUCACUCAGGAGUUUCUUUAAAGCCUUCUCACUCAUUGGGGAAACUCAGGAAAGGGAGAGAGUGUUAAUCCACUUCUCCAACAGAUAUUUUCAAUGCAAUCCAAAUUCCAUAUUUUCUCCAGACGACAUCCACUGUCUUACCUGUGCAAUUAUGCUUCUCAAUACUGAUCUGCAUGGACAUAAUAUCGGAAAGAAAAUGAGCUGUCAGGAAUUCAUUGCCAAUCUUCAAGGAGUGAAUGAAGGCAAAGAUUUCCCACGAGGGCUUCUCAAGGCUCUGUACAACUCUAUCAAGAAUGAGAAGCUGGAAUGGGCUGCAGAUGAUGUUGAUGCGAUGAAGAAGUCCCCAUCAGACAGCAAUGAUGACAAAUCCAAUGGCAUGGGAUCAAAGAGUGUUAGUCGGAUUGGAAGUAGCAGCAACCCAUUCCUGGACAUCCCCCAUGAUCCUAAUGCUGCGGUUUACAAGGCUGGUUUCCUUGCACGCAAAAUCCAUGCAGACAUGGAUGGGAAAAAAACUCCAAGAGGAAAACGGGGAUGGAAAACGUUCUACGCUAUUCUGAAGGGAACAGUCCUUUACUUGCAAAAGGAUGAAUAUAAACCAGAAAAGGCUUUGUCCGAAGAUGAUUUAAAAAAUGCUGUAAGUGUACAUCAUGCUCUGGCUUCAAAGGCAACAGAUUAUGAGAAGAGACCCAAUGUCCUCAAGCUUAAAACCGCAGACUGGAGAGUUUUCCUUUUCCAAGCACAGAGCACAGAAGAGAUGGAAGCAUGGAUUAACAAAAUUAAUUGUGUGGCCGCAGUGUUUUCUGCUCCACCGUUCCCAGCUGCUAUAGGAUCGCAGAAGAAAUUUAGCCGCCCGUUACUUCCCGCUACCACCACCAAGCUGUCUAAGGACGAACAGCUGAAAUCACAUGAAACAAAACUGAAACAAAUCUCCACUGAACUGGCAGAGCAUCGCUCAUAUCCACCUGACAAGAAGGUGAAGGCCAAGGAAAUAGAUGAAUACAAGAUGAAAGAUCACUACCUGGAGUUUGAGAAAACCAGAUAUGAAGUUUAUGUACAGCUUCUGAAAGAUGGUGGCAAGGAGCUGCUGGCCAACGGGGAAAAUGAUAAUUCUGGCCUGAAAAAAUCUCAUUCCAGCCCCUCCCUAACUCAAGAUUCAUCACCAGCCAGUGCCAAGGUCAAGCGUAACAUUUCGGAAAGGAAGGAUUACAGGCCAGAGACGCCCAGCAUCAAGCAGAAGGUUACCUAAGAGGCAUACAAUGAAUCAAAGCUGGAGUCAGUCAGCAAGAGCAGCAAAAUAUUUCCUCCGUCACAAUUGUUACUAUCUGUGGUUCAUUCAAACAACAAAACAAGUCUGUGACUGACCGGAGCUUGAUAGCAUUUUCUCUUGCACAUUCCUUUUUGCUGUUGACUGCUCACUGUAUCGUAGUUGUCUUUGUUCCCAAUAUGCAGUGUGGUAUUUUGGCUUAUGACAACUCAUGAGCUGCAGGUUCACUUCAGAACUGAAAGGUAUAGUUAAGAAUGCACCUUUCUUCAUAGGGCAGUUCCAAUCCAUGCGUGCCCAAGAGUCCACCAUUAUGCACCUUCAACGUGUUCUUAGUUUUUGCAGAGGGUAGACUGGUGUUGGUUUACUGCAGUUGAAAAUAAUUUUUUUUCAUUAUGCCAAUUACACAAAGUGUUAGAUCUAAAUUGGGAUUUCACAUGUCGUUGAAUAGGCAGCACAGGCCUGACCGGUGUCCAGCGUCUUGCCUCCUCCGUUUUUACCGACAUUAGUCUCUUGAUAUACAAUUGCACGUUUGAGCUUGUGUAGUCUGGACCAUUAAAUUAAGAUGUACGAUUUUGGUCAGGGCAGUGUGCACGUUCAGUUUUCAAUCUGCACAUUAUAUAUCAUGUCUGCUAAGCAUUAUUCAAGGUCAAUCAAUUUAUGAAUGUAUUGUACAGUUUCAUCUCAGUGGUUCGCAAAGUCGGGGCAGGCUUUUUGCUUCUCCAUACGGAGAUCUAUGGGUUUGCAGAGAAUGGCUAAAUAGGAGCACAUUUCCCAUUCAAUAGAGAAAUCCGUAGGCAGGCCUUUACUAGUGAUUUGCGGUAAGAAUAUUUGAACAUUUCUGCGCUAAUUACAGUACCUGCCUGCUUCGCAUUUCACCAGCUCUCCUGCAUAUUUCAUUCUAUAAUAGAUGCAUGGUAUACCUACUACAGGUUUCAAAGAAAGCUGUCAUUUUCAAUCACAUAUAAUAUUUUUUCACUAUCUUUGAACUUUGUAGCUCAUUCAACAUGAGGAGAUGCAGAAUCCAAAGGGUAUAAUUACUGACAGAUCGCAAAGAUGUGCUCUCAUCAUGUAUCAUCACGACUUGUAUUAGAUAUGUCUCCCUUAAAAAUGCAUUUUACUGCUGCCAGUCGUGAUGCAGAUGGUAGAGUCCCCCAGAUUCAGCCGUCCUUCUAAUUGUAUGCUUCUGAUGCGAGUUACUAUGUGUAAAUAUUCUGAUCAAGGGGGUUCUGUAUCUAAUGGAUGCUGACAGAGGAACUGUCAUCAGUUUUAGAAUGCAUCAUAACACCGCUCUAAAGAGACCACAGUUGAACAUCAAGCUACAACGCAAAAAUGAGACAUUUGCUUUUUCAGCUUGGUUUAUAGAUCGACCGCCGCUAAGUUUUAAUGAAUUGCUAUUGGUUUCAACUAAUUAGCAUGAAGUAAGCUUUUAGCUUAAUUUAUACACAAUUGUCUCCAAAAACUGUUUUAACCGAGGUUAUUAAACCUGCCAAACAAAUCAAUUUCUAGAAUUAUUGUGCUUUCCAAAUCUAACAGUUUUUAAUAUAUAUAUUUAUCCUUAUCCCUAAGCCAAGGCUGUGCCAGUUUGAUUAAUGAAACAACCUUUCCUUGCUCAGCAGCUUAGCUAACAGCUUUCUGUUCGGAAGGCACAUUUAGAAUGGACUGUGAGCACAGGAGACCUGGCACUCAAAGCUGAAUUAUGCAUUUGCUUCCUGUAUCCAAGGGAAAAAACAAGUAUAUUGAAUUUUGGGUCCAGUACACAAUAUCCAAUUUUUUUUAGUUAUUUCUACAUAAUGCAUUUUUUAUUUGCAAGUACAGUUACUUUGCUUAUAGAUAAAGGUUCGUAGCCAUGCAGUAAGCUUUAGACAUAUGUAUUCUGAAGCUAGGCAUGUUGUAAAUACCCAUUCCAUCUUGAAUAAAUUCCAGGGAGAAAUUUAGGGGAACAUGGACAAACAAAAAUGCAUACCUAGAAAGGGCUUCUGUAUACAGGGACAUUUUAUAGUGUUUGAGUGUAGUUGUUAGAAUUCAGCAGCACUGGAACAGAGCAGAUUCGCCUUCCUACCUGUCAUGGACCACAGAAGGGAAUGAAAUCAGCUCUCUAUUAGACUGCAUCUCUAUGAGGACUUGGGGCUGUCCCCUGAAAAAUACAGGUACUUCUAUCCAUGAACUAUGUCUAGUAUUGCAGAUCGUUACCAUUUACUGGGAUGAGCUUCACUACCAGAAACAGCAAAUAGAGAAGUGUGGCACUGUUUCUUUAAAAAAAAACUGUAUUUCUGUUCCUUGGCACACCUUUAAAGGAAAACUAAACAAAGAAAAUAUAUUUUAAAAAAUCACAUCUUUUCCUCCCUAAAUCGCAUGUUUUCUUCAAUCCUAUCGUCUCAUAUUACAAUUAAAAUGGAGAAAUAUAUAUAUAUAAAAAAAAAUCUGAUCUUGGUGUCCCAGGAGUUCAUGUAGACCCACCCUCCUCACCUUUACUGUCUUAUGUCUGACUGUAGGACAGCUGGCUGCAGCAGGAGCCUCCACCCUCUGCCAUGCCUGCAGUAGGACAAAAACGUAUUUAAAGUCAUUUCUGUCCAUUUUGAUAAUCCCCUCACAACCUCAGUCAACCACCUGUAAAACAUGGAUGAGAUCAGCAGGAGAUUAACCCUUAUGUUCUCUGAUGAAUUUCUACAAGUCCGUUGGUGUCAUGCCCAUUCAGAAAAUGCUGCAGGCAAACCGUGAGGGCACCUAUAUUUCUUGUUUACUUUUAUCAUUCAUUAGUAGAUUUAGUGCUCCACAUUUAAAUGUGGCUACCUUUUACUAUGCUAUCUAUUGGCAGCUUACAUUUCCUAUUGUGGCUACGGAAAGUGCCCAGUAUAUUGUAAACAGCCUGAACUUUUCAUUUACAUUUGAAGUGCAGAUAUCUUCGUUUCACGGGCCUGUGUAACAUCAGUUUUACGGAUUUAACCUCAAUAGGCCAGGUCUCCUACACAACCAGUAUGAUUAAUGCUGUUAUUUAUUGAUGUUUUUUGUCUAUUACAUGGCAUUAUCUGAAGGUACACGAGACUGACACUUGUUAAUAUUCUACAUGUCAGAAGACUUAGAUGAAGGACUGAUAGGCUCUGUAUUCUGUGUACAUGUCAUAUGUAUAAAAUGUAUAUAUGGUCUUUGUGUUCGUGUGAAGGAAUUAUUUUUAUUUUCUUUUAAAAGGUACGAUUCCUCAAUAGUUUUUUACAUUGAGGUUUAUGAAUCAUGUUGGUUUGCACAGUGUAAUUUUGCUUUUCCUAUUAUUUUCUAAUACAGAGUAUAUCUGCUACCCGAUUUUCAUCUCCCAUUAGCCUGACAGCUAAUAUCUUUUAGCUUUAUUUUUAUUUUUAUUUUU